UCUCUCUCUCCCUCUCUCUCUCGGCUUCACGUUUCACCUUCUCACUUCCUCUGCUCGGACUCCUGAAGCACGCAGCCCGGUGACAGCUCACACACCGUCCCGUGUCCAGCCUGCGUGCAGCUCCGACACACACUCGGCUCUGUUCAGCGCACGGUGGAGCCCGACUGGCAGCACACAGCGCUUCAUCCACAGAAAAAAAAAGAAAGAAAAAAAAACCCCUGCUGUUUCUGCCGCCGUGUCGCAGUUUGUAAAAGUAUCAUCAGGACCUCCAGGCUUCACAGACUCUGAGCAGGUCCUUUUGGCGUUGCUGGGUUGGAAGUUGAAGAACAUUUUGCCAGCAGAAGCGCAACGGAGCUGGAAAGAUGCUGAUUGGCCGGCGGUGGUUACAACGAGGUCACUAGAGGUCGAAACUCUGUUGAGGCUAACAUGGAACGUGAGGGGUCGUUGAGGAGGUCCUUCAGGAGUCUCCACAGCAAACUGAGGCUGCACAGCGGCUCCUCCUCCAGCCUGACCGACCUCUGCCAGGGGAGAAGCACAGCGGGGGGAGGAGCGGGGGACAAGGGGGGCACGGCCGGGCUGGCAGAAGAGUGCCGGGACAGAGGGACCCAGCAGAGGAGGGCCGGGGCCAACGCCACCUGGAACAGCAUCCACAACGCAGUGAUAUCAGUUUUCCAGAAGAAGGAUCUGGGAGAAAAUGAACUCUACUCUCUGAAUGAAGGAGUCAGGCAGCUGCUGAAGACAGAGUUGGGCUCCUUCUUUACAGAGUACCUUCAAAACCAGCUGCUCACUAAAGGCAUGGUCAUACUGAGGGACAAGAUCCGCUUCUAUGAAGGUCAGAAGCUGCUCGACUCUCUGGCUGAGACGUGGGAUUUCUUCUUCUGUGAUGUCCUGUCGAUGCUGCAGGCCAUCUUCUACCCUGUGCAGGGUAAGGAGCCAUCAGUGCGCCAGCUGGCUCUGCUCCACUUCAGGAACAUCAUCACUCUCAACCUGAAACUAGAUGAGGCUCUGUCCCGACCCCGAGCCCGGGUCCCACCUUCCAUCAUACAGAUGCUGCUAAUACUACAGGGCGUGCAUGAGUCGAAGGGUGUAACAGAUGACUAUCUCCGCCUGGAGGCUCUCAUCCAGAAAGUGGUUUCUCCUUACCUGGGGACUCAUGGGUUGUAUUCCAGAGAUGGAUCUGCCAAUCUGCACUACUCCUCCUGUCUGCUAGAGAAGCGUCUGCAGCGCUCCUGGCCGACCAAACCAGGAGACCCCCCCGUCGCAAAGAACCCGGUGGUUCGCUCCAAGAGCUACAACGUCCCCAUGCUGACCCCUGUGGUGGAGUACGACAUGGACUCACCCACAGGAGGAAGUGCUGGCAUCAGACGCCACUCGGUCUGCGAGAUGACUUCCUGCGUGGAGGAGAGCUGCUCCGUGGUCGAACCGGCCGCUCACGGCACCAGCAGCACCAGCACACCCGGCACCGCCAGCCACUCCCAGGCCUCCGCCGCCGAGGACAGAGCGCUGUCAGACGGUGUGUCGUCCAGUCAGGACUCCAGGCUGAGCCUCGGGCCCGGAGACGCUCCUCACGUCCUCCAGCCGCAGCAGCACUCCCCCUGCCUCCUCCCCGAGCCGUCCCCGGGCGAGGACACGCGUCGCACGGGCUCGCUGACGUCCGACUCCCCGUCCUCCUCCUCCAGGGUGCUGGCCCGAGACACGAGCUCCGGCCCCAGCCUGUCGUCCAGCCCGGAGAUCAUGCUGGACCACAUCCUGGAUUCUUUGGACUCGGAAACGGAGCCCGACGGAAUCUUUCUGGAAUUCUCCCGCCGCUGCUCCGAGGGCUCGACGUACAGCAGAGGCAGCAGCAGGCAGAGCGUGGCGUGACGCACACACACACACACACACACACACACAUGUACAGCAAGGACAAAGGGUGUUGUGAUGCACCCAGAGGCACACACACAUGAAAGGAGAUGCAGGGACAUACACACUCACUCUGAAAAACAUUGCUUGAGCCAUGACCGACAUUCCUCACUCUCUGUGAUGCCUGAUGCUGUUUUCUAUGAAGUCUGGCUCAUCAGGGAUUCUGUCUUUCUGUAUCUGUCUGUAUGAUGCAGUCGCCCUUUUCCUAAAAAUCAAACCUCUUAGUAACUGGUGAAUAAUUCACUCCGUAAGAUUUGUAUUUUUUGGGAUGUGUGUCACCAUUUGAAGACAUCAGCGCUGGCCACUAAUAAUGUUGGCCUCUCUGGGGAGCCAUAAUCACUCAUCACCACCACUCGCCUGUGUGGAAAAAUUCAUGAUUCUUGUACAUUUUUUUUUUUUUUUUAGCUUCUUUUGCUCUGAUUUGCUGCACUUUGUCUCCUUCGACUUCUCCUUGACCCGGUGUUUGUAUUGGAAUUUCUUGAAAGGACAGUCCUGCUUGAGAUGCGGCAUCUCAUUUUCAGAAGGGGUCCUUGUCCAACACCCAGAGGUGUCAUUUGUCAGCGGUUUCCAGAAUUUCAAGUUGUUCAUACAUGCAGCCUCCAUUCAUUUUUAAUGCGGAGAAUAGCUUUUCUGCUUCAUUCCUGUUUUUCAGUGUUCCUGAUCAAAUCCCCUGGCUGCCUUGUGUUAAUAUCCAUGUUGAUAGAGGCCUCAAUUCUCAGAAGUUAAAAAGAUAGAGUGCUUUUUGCUGUUUCCAUGAUGUAAUUCAAUGAAGGAAGCGACUGAAAAUUGUUGCUGUAUGUGUCCAAUAGCACCACAACCAGAGUGAUCAGGGGGAAAUUACAUAUAAAAUAUCAUGUCAUUCUCUUCUGCUGCUUUGAAGUUUGAAUAAACAUGUUGAAUUGUACCAGUGAAAUUAAUCCUGGACCCGCUGUUAAUAAACCACAAAGCUGAACGUU